CCCGAUUCCAACCCAAAUCCCGAUCCCAAUCCCAAUCCAGACCCCAAUCCUGCCCUGAUCCCGGUCCCGACCCCAUUCCCGACCCCAUUCCCGACCCCAAUCCCGGUCCCAGUCCCGAUUCCAACCCCAAAUCCCGUUCCCGCCCCUGAGCCCGGCGCGAUGUGAGCGCUCCCGCACCAUGUCCCGGCAGCGAGACCUGGACAAGCUGCUGUCCGACCUGCGCUCCUUCCUGCUCCUCCUGGACCGCGAGAGCCUCAGCGCCGCCGCUCGGGCCAAGAAAAAAUCGGUGUGGGAGCUGCUGCGGCGGCUGCAGAGCCCCCCGUCAGAGGAUGCAGAGUACAUGAUCAUGCGCUGCCUCUCGCCCUCCCCGGGGACCCCGCAGGGCCGGAGCAGCCCGGGAUGCAGGACGGAGGAUGCAGAGGGAGGGAGAGACUGCGAGUGCAGCCCGGGCAGCGCGCUGAGCCCGCACGGAGGGAACAAAGCACCGGGGGUCCCCCCGACCCCCCCAACCGAUGAUUCCUACGAAGACGCCGAACCCCCCGGUCCCGGCAGGAGCGGCGGCGGUGACAGCGACAGCAGCCACUACGAGUCGUACGGAGAGGAGGAAGAGGAGGAGGAGGGGGUGACAGAUCGGGCCCAUUACCUGCGCUGGCCAUCGGCCACCAAAGCCGAGCCCGAGCACCCCGGGCGCCCCGAGGCGCAGCUCUGCGGCUUCCUCUGGAGGAAACGAUGGCUCGGGCAGUGGGCAAAGCAGCUUUUCAUCGUCCGGGAGCACGUGCUGCUGUGUUUCAGGUGCGCCGCGGACCUGCAGCCGCUGCUGGAGCUGGACCUGCGCGGCUGCCGCGUCACCUACAAGGACAAGAGGGGCACGAAGAUGCCACACGCGCUGAAGGUGACAGGGACGGCGGGAGAGGUGCUGGUCAUCGGCUUCCAGAGCCGGCAGCAGGCUGAGGACUGGAGGAAGGUGAUCGAGGAGGUGAGCAGCGAUGCUCCCAGCGGGCUGGCAGCUCUCAGUGUCCCCGCGUCACCUCCCUCGAGGCUCCGCAGGCCUGCAGCAUCCCAGCUCGGCAAGGAGGAGCAGGAGGAGGAGAAUCGCUCCCGGCAGAGCCCAGCCCGCAGCCCGCGGCACGGAGAGGAUCCCAAAGGAGGGUUCCUGGCCGUGCGGCUGCGCGGGCGCUGGCAGCGCCUGUGGUGCGCGGUCCGGCACGGAGCCCUGCGCAUGUUCCCGGAGCCCGGCGCUGCCCAGCGCCCCGUCUGUGCCCUGCGCCUGGACGGCUGUGAGGUGUCCCCUGGAACGGCCACCGGCUCCCCCCAAAACCUCCGGAUCCGAAUCGCCCAGCGCGGCCGGGAGCUCGCCCUGCUGCAGGCCCGUUCGGAUGAGGAGAGGGAAGCCUGGCUGAAGACCCUGCAGGCCAGGGAGCCAAAGAAGGGGGACGGGCCCCCCCCGAGACCCCCGAGGCCGAGCAGCCGCCCUGCCGGGGGGCUGCUCCUGCGCCGUGUCCCGACCCCCAACACCUACAUGGACGAUCCCUUCGGGCCUCCCCCACCGGCCGAGACCCCCAAACAACAUCUGUACUCCAACGCGGAGCGGCUGCAGCAGCUGCAGCAGAGCCUGGACCGGGCGGCGCAGGGGCAGCGCAGGAGACCCGUGUCUGCCCUGCCCAGCUGUGACAGCCCCGCCGCGGGCAGUGCCCGGCCCCCGAGGGCAGCACCCGGGACGUCUCUCCGCGCCAGACCUGCCAGCGCACAGCUGCCAAAGGACACCCCCAACCUCCGGAGCGGGGAUUUCUCCCUCUCCCAGCACACCCUGACCCUGCCCGAGAGGAAGGGGACGCGGGAUGGCCUCGAUGUCCUCAUCGGGAAAAAAGCUUUUCCCAAGCUGGAGGAGAAGGUGGAGCAGCUGGAGAGCCGAGUGAAGGGCAGGCUGAAAGCCGGCUCCGAGAUGAACCUGCUGGCCCUCGGCAAAUCAAUCAAGGGUCACAUCGCGGCCACCGCCAGCUCGGCCGGCUCCGAGGGUUCGUUCCUCAGGCCGCUGCUGAAGCGCUCCACAUCAGCCCGGAGCGCGCUGCGCCCGCCGCCGUCCCCGCGCAUCGCGGGCACGGGGAAUGUGAUGCAGAAAACGAAGGAGUGGGAGAUGAAGUCGGCGAUGUGAGCACGGAGCGUCGGGCUGCGCGUGGAUCGUGCAGGGCCUGCCUGGGUUCAGCCUGGAAUUUGAUUUUUUAGCCGUCGCUAUCAACGCUACAACUACGCACAUCUAUUUUUUAUAUGCAGAUAUAUCGGUACACACUUAGCAGCUCUCCACCCGUGGGUUUCCAGUCUCUCCCCCUGCAUCCCCACCCAUCCCAGCGCCUCGUUUUUGGGGUAUAAAUUUGGGAUAAAAUCGGGAGCUGCUGGCUCUGUCCCCAGUCCAUCAGCAGGAAUUCAAUCCCCCUGCCAGCACCCCAAAUUUGCAGGGAUGGGGAUGGAUCCAGCAGCUGUGGGGGACACAAAUUUGGGAGGAAUCCGAUUGUCCAUUCCCUGGAGUCAGCGGGACCCGGGCUGGGCCCUGGGCGCUUUUCCAACAGCUGAGCUGGUCAGGGCUUGGUUUGAACUGGAGAAAUGUUAUUUUUUUUAAAGGGUAAUAA